AUGGAGGCGGCAAACCGAGAGGCCGAGUAUCUACGGAAAGAGCUGACACGAAAGCAGACUCAACUCAAUGAUCAACAGAUCCUGAUUAAGAACAUGGAAGAACAGCUUCGUGCCUCACAACCCCUGAGUUCGGUGGAACUUCAAGAAAGAAAACGGGCAGCUCAAAUGCUUGACAUGGAUCGGAUCCAUCAGCAGAUGCUCUUCAAGGACGAAAGAAUUGUUGAGUUGAACAACGUCAUUUUGGACAAGGAGAGGCAGAUUCUUGAUCUACAGGAAUUAUGCCGUGAACAAGGCGAGGUGGCCAGUGUGACAUCACAAGCGGCAAGAAUCGUCCAGAGGCAAUGGGAGGAUAAGAAUCGUGAAAGACGUGAAGUUGGUACGGAAACAGACGCCUCCCUGUUGAAUGCGGUUAGACCAAUGAAUGCGGAAGGGCCGAUCUCGAAGCGAUUCUCCGGGACGAGCCGUGCCCAGUAG